UUUCCGUUCUACGCAAGUGGGCGGUUGGUACUCGGUUUUCGACUCAUGCAAAUCAAAUCUUCCUUCCGCUCUGAAAAAAAAUUAACACAAACAUUCAUACGGAGAAGUCUAUCAGGUUGGCUUCAUCUCAGUGAUGAUCCUGAGGUUUUACCGAGAUUUUGAGUAGAGGAAGCAUAAUUAGGGUAAAUUGCUUGCAUUUUUCGCGGGCGAGUUGUUUUGGUCGUCUUCUUUCGUCGCUUUAUCGGAUUUUGUUGUCUGUUCGCUUAUCGCCAUUUUUGUGUUGGCGGAUCUGUGACGUCGGUGGCAACUUAGUUUACGUAGUGUCCUCUCAGCCUAUUCUCGCAAAAAUCAAGCUGCAAAGGGUCGCAUUUACUCGGCGAUUUCGUCGUCGCCAUUGAAGAAGAACGGAGUUUGGGGAAAGCGACGAGGAACAUAAUUUCUAGUCGCUGAUUGAAAUGAUGAGGAACUUUGCGACUUUAUUUGUGCUUCUUUUGGGGCUUUCCAAGGCGUCUCUUUCUAGUCUAGAAAGCUCAGAAACUGGCGUUCCGUUUGUUCACCACAACUACGAAGCAAUGAAAGGUUUACUGGAGAAAUUUAACAAGGAAUACCCCGACAUAACACGACUUUACAGCGUAGGGAAGACUGUCGAAAAUCGCGACCUUUUGGUUUUAGAAAUUUCUGACAAGCCAGGAAAACACGAAAAGGGAGAACCAGAAUUCAAAUACAUCGGGAACAUGCAUGGGAACGAAGUUGUAAGCCGAGAGAUUUUGCUUCAACUUAUUGGUUAUUUGUUAAAAAAUUAUCAAGAAAAUUCCGAAUUAAAAAAGCUAGUGGAUAGCACACGAAUUCACAUCAUGCCCUCUAUGAACCCUGAUGGGUAUGAAAAAGCUGUGAUGGGAGAUUGCCAAGGGGUGACGGGACGUGCGAAUGCCAAUGGCAUCGAUUUAAACAGAAACUUCCCUGACCAGUUUGCAGGAAGAAAGGAGAACAACCCUCUUCAGCCAGAAACCAAGCUUGUGAUGUCCUGGAUCAAAUCCAACCCUUUUGUCUUAUCUGCUAACCUCCAUGGGGGCUCGUUAGUGGCUAAUUACCCAUUUGACGACUAUGAUCCUAAUGGCAAGCGGUCGGGUGACAGCCCCUCUCCUGAUGACCCUCUCUUCAAGUCCUUGGCCCGCACCUAUGCUGAUGCGCACAAGACCAUGCAUCUGAACAAGCCACCAUGCCCUGGGGACCCAGAUCAAUUUGACGGAGGAAUAACCAAUGGUGCUCACUGGUACUCUGUAUCCGGGGGAAUGCAGGACUAUAACUACCUCCACAGCAAUGCCUUUGAGAUCACGCUUGAAGUCAGCUGCUGCAAGUUCCCUGCUGCGUCUACUUUGAGUGACUUCUGGGACAAGAACAAGCCUGCUCUGCUGUCCUAUAUUAACAGGGUACACACCGGCAUGAAGGGCGUUGUGCAGGAUAACAUGGGAAAACCCAUCAAAGAUGCAAGGAUCAUCCUUGAAGGAAACAGCCAUGCUGUCAAGUCCGCAGCGGAUGGGGACUUCUGGCGCCUCGUGCUCCCAAGGAACAAACCCUACAGCGUCAGGGUGGAGGCCCCGGGGUACAACUAUCUCACAAAGGAGGUCAGGGUUGCCGAGGACCGGCCUACGGAGGUCACCUUCACCCUGACACCCAAGGUCGAGCUGGCAUCCGAUGAAGAGUUUCAGCUGUCCAAGAAGUCCGAGGUGAUGCCGCCGCCCAAAGAGACGAAGAAGAAGGUGCCGGUGAUGCUCGUGGUAGGUUUGACAGUUGUCUGCAUGAUCGCGCUGGUGCUGGCCAUCGGUCUCGCUGUGAUGCUGGCUAAAAGGCACCGUGCUCAAACUGGUGGAGAAACCGGCUACUGUCAGGUCUCAACCAAGGGCUAAAUCAAUCAGAAUUACCAUAAAUCUUUUAUUAACAUCUGGCUAUCUUUGUCCUUUUGCAGCUGUCGAUAUUAUUCGUCCCCAUAUCCGUCCCCAUAUCUUCCCACAACUCUUAGCGCGCGUUAAACCGAGGUCAAGGGAAAAAUUCUAACCAUGGCCAUCUGACCUCCCUGACGCCAUUUUCUUUGUUUAUCUCUUUGCCCUCCGUUUCACGCGCUCUCACAGAGAGUUGUGGAAGAAAUGGGGUGAAUGGGUGGAAACUGCUUAGGUUAGCGAACAGUUGCUAGCUUACUUUUCCUUGUUAUGGUCCACCGCUCUUAUUACCCAGGCGAGAGGAGUACCCUUGGCACUCUGGCAACAAGUUUUUUUUUGCUAGAUGGCUUUUGCUCGAUUUUUUUUGUCUCUGAAAGCUUCUCCUUGUACUGUAGGCUCGGCGUCGUAUGUCGCUCACUGACUCACAUCCCUUAUCCUGUAAGCCUAAGCGCAAAAGGUCCAUCCUAUCGAGAUCGUUCCAAUUUACUCAACAUAUUCUUAAUUUUUUUACUCUAAGUAGUUUUCAUUAUUUACAACGUUCUAAAAGAUAUAAUAUGAAAACGUUUAUUUUGUUCCAGUUAACAAUGUAGAAUCGCAUACAAGCGGCUCAUUUUCAUUCGUCCUCUUGUUCCUUGUUCGUUUCGUUUAAUUUAGUCGAAUUUUGUUGCAUGUUCAGUGGUACCUUCUUUGCUUAGAGGCCACUUGUACAUUACCUCAGGUUGUGCAUCUCGCUAGUUAGCUAUAGAAUCUAGCUAUAGUAUCACACUUUGGCGUCACGAAUCUCUAUUAUGGAAGCAUCAAUAAUGGGCACCCUAAAAUCAGCACUACAUCCAUAUUAUGAGUUUGUAACUGCCAAAAAAGGGCCGUAUGACUAAUAUAUAAAGAACAUGAGGGAAUUUUAAUUGAUAGGGCUUAGUUCUCAUACUGUUACAGUUAUAUGUAACCUUGUGUUGUAAGAGUGAUCCAAAUAAAUCUUUGGUGGGGUA